AUGGCUUCAACGAUGGAAGAUUCCGAAGUGGCCCAUUUUGACAUCAUUUGGUGGGAUUUGCUGCCAUAUAUGGGAAUUUGGAUGCCAAAUACGGUAGCCGUCUUUGAAAAUUUCGAAAAUGCCAACUUUUUUGGGCGGUUCAAUACGUGGCACUCAGCCAAGGAGAUCAGAGAGGCAAUUGAGGUCACACCCUCGGUAGACCACUCUUUCUGCCUGUUCCUCGACAGCACCAUCCUUGUCUUUUCGGCCACUCGAGAAGAUCACUUCAGGCAUAUGAAUCAAGUUGGGUUUAUGCUCCAAGACCUCUUUAUGGGCCACGAUCGACUCAACUGUGUUUGCUUUGCGCCAACGACCAUUCGUGCAGGCUGCACGAUAGAACCGCUUGGACGAGCUUUUAUCGUGAUAGACGUGGGUGCUUAUAUUAGAUCGAAUGGCCUUCGGUAUACCAGUGAGGAGAAUUAG